AUGCUACCUCCUACAGUCAAAGAAGCAAUCGAUUCAAUCCAUUCCACUUCAUAUUUCUCCAACAUACCUAGCAGAUUAUUAGACACUGAUUUAAAUGAUCCGAUUAUAAUGGGAGUAGAUGAAGCAGGCCGUGGCCCUGUUUUGGGUCCCAUGGUUUAUGCAGUAGCAUAUUGUAGGAAAUCGUAUCAAGAUUCUGUAAUCAUGCCAAAUUAUUCAUUUGACGAUUCAAAAAAAUUAACUGACCCAGUAAGAAGACAAUUAUUUUCUAAGAUGUAUGGGGAAUCAUGUGAAAUCGAGCAAAUUGGAUAUGCUACCACUGUAAUAACGCCACUAGAUAUAUCCACAGGUAUGAAUAGAUUCCCACCCACGAAGCAAUAUAAUCUAAAUGAACAAGCCCAUGAUGUCACAAUGGCUUUAAUACAAGGUGUACUUGACCAUGGUGUCAAACUAUCGCAUGUAUAUAUUGAUACAGUGGGGCCUCCAUCAAGUUACCAAAAGAAAUUACAAGAAAGAUUUCCUAAUAUCUCGUUUACUGUAGAGAAAAAGGCAGAUACGUUAUAUUGUAUGGUCAGUGUAGCAAGUGUCAUUGCCAAAGUGACCAGAGACCUUCUAAUUGAAUCUCUUGGGUACGAAAACAUUGGUUCUGGGUAUCCAGGUGACCCAAAUACAAAAAAAUGGCUAAGAGAUAUGCAGAGCCCGUUAAUGGGCUGGCCACAUAAUGUAGUUCGAUUUUCAUGGCAGACUGCUAAAACUUUGUUAGAAGAAAAUGCAAAGAAUGGAUCAGGAAUAAAUCUACAAUGGGAAGAGGAUUUUAUUAACACCAAGAAAUUGUUACAGAAGCAAUGGGAAAGACAAGCUGAGAAAAGAAAACAACUAGAGCAUGAAUUGCCAAUAACUCUAGACAAUUGGUAUCACUGA